UAUGAAGAUAUGUUGUCAAAUCUUUCAGGAUAAACAAUAACAAUGGAUAUGUACUACAAUUACAGAUUAUCUCCAUUAUCUUUUUACAAGUAAUACUUUUGAGUUAUCGUGGCAUUAUUAUUGUCUGUGAUGAGUGUUUCUGAGGGAGUGCAAAAUUUGCCAUAUCUACAAGUAAAUCCCUGACAAACGAAAUAUGGAUAGAGUAAAUUUAUUUUCUGAUCAAAUUUAUGUGAGUGUAGACAGUGAAGAAGAUGAAAACAAAAUGAAUACCUCAAAGAAUAGAAGCAAAAAAUCCAAAAACUUGCCAAGUCACAUUCAUACUUUACGAUAUCGCAAUAAUCUUCAGGAAAAAUUUAAACAAAAACAUCAACAUAUUGGUCUGCAGAAUCGUUGUGAGGAUGAAGAAGACAGUGCACAAAAUAUUAUUGAAUACCAUGCUGAUCAAAUUAUUUCAAAAAUGGAGGAGGAUGAUGAUUUAAUGGAAAAUAAUUUGGAAUCAGAAAAAUUGAGAAAGGAUGUAUUGAAACAUUUGCCUCAGUGUUUGACAAUGAAGAGAUGCAUAAAAAAAAAAUUAGCGAAAUCAAUUAAUACAAAGGAGAACAGUCACCCCAUAAGUAAUUUUAAAAGAUUACAAUAUAGAAUGAGCAUGAAAUAUUGUCAGAUGAAAACCAAAGUUCAAGAUACAAUCAAUUCUUAUGAAUUAUGGUAUUCUUCCUUAAAAACCAUUGAAGGUCAAUUUGGAUCAGCCACUUCUUCAUAUUUUAGAUUCCUCAGAUGGUUGUUCAUUUUGAACUUAAUAGUAAUGGCUGUAACUCAUUCGUUUAUCGUUAUACCGCAGUUAACUUUUAAAAAUCCCUUUCCAAUAUCAGACCAAAGACAAUUUAGCGUGUGGGAUAUUUUCACUGGAGAGGGUUUUCUAACUGAUACUUUGCUUUACUAUGGGUUUUAUUCAAAUGAGACUGUGAAUAUUUAUGGUUUUCCUUAUAAUAUGCCUUACGCUUAUUUCUACACCAUGUUGUUCCUCUAUGUUUUCACAUUUUUGGUUUUAAGUUAUGGGGUGGCUAAUUCUUAUCGCAAGAGCUUCAUAGAGACUGAAGGAGGCUUGAGAAAUAUAUUUGCUAAUAAAAUAUUAUGCGGAUGGGAUUUCGGAAUAGCUACCAAAGAAGCUGCUGAUUUGAAGUCGAAAGCUAUAUACAAUGAAUUAAAGGAAUUUCUCAGUGAAGUCUGUACAGAUAAUAACAAAAUCAGUUUCAUGACUAGGAUUAAAUUGAAGUUGAUUUAUUUUGCAACUAAUGUGAUCAUACUCAUGAUUUUUAUCUGCAUUGGAGUUUUUUUAUGGUUCUUAUUAGAAAAACAUGGUGAACAGAAAAUUGGGCCUAUAGUUAUAGCAGUUACAGCUAAUGUUUUCAAUGUGGUUGGGCCAAUUUUGUUGACUAGAAUAUCAAGGUAUGAAAAUUAUAGGAACCAAAGGAAUGCUGUUGGUGUUACCCUGAUCAGAUCUUUCAUCUUAAGUUCAGUUAUUGUGGGUACCUUGGUUGUUUUCUGGUUGAUUCAUUCUUUUACUCAAGAAUGCUGGGAAACUUCAUUGAGUCAAGAAAUGUAUAGGCUCACCCUUUAUGAUUUUCUCCUCAGCCUGCUGAUUCAUGCGAUUAGUCUUAUUCAUCAUUUAUUGUACAAAUUUAACUACUGCAAAAUGUCGCCCAACUAUGAGUUCGAUGUUGCCAGUAAUACCUUGGAUCUCAUUUAUAGCCAAUCCCUUUUUUGGAUGGGUUUCUUCUUCACUCCCUUACUAUCCCUUAUUGUGACUAUUCGUAUGUUCCUAACAUUCUAUUUGAAGAAAUAUCAUGUACUUAAAUUGUGCAAACCAUCAACUAAAGCAUGGAGAGCUUCUCAAACUCAAACCUGGUUUCUUACCCUAACAUUUUUGACAUUACUGGCCACUGGAGGCACGUUACUGUUUAUACUUUUUAGAAUUCCAGCAACAAAAUGUGGUCCAUUCGCAGAUAACGAAUAUUUCUAUCAGGUCAUACUUUCACAGUUUGAAAAAUCUCGAUUCAUUCCUUUCAAACUUUUGGGGUAUCUGAUGAAGCCAGGUGUCAUCUUUUUAAUUAUAAUCGCUCUUUGUGCUAGACUCUAUUAUGUGAGGGAGAAGGCUAAUGCUCAAAGAAAUAUGGUGAAAAUGUUGAGAAAUAUGUUGAUAUGGGAAUCCAAAGAUAAAGAAUUUUUAUUGAAAAACAUUACAAAUAUAACUAAAGGAGAAUUCCAAUAUGAUGCACAAAAUAAUCGACUUGAAGAUCCCUACUUAACAAUGCCAAAAAUUUAUAGGGCACAAAGUUCACAUUCAGAAAGUACUGAAAUUCCUACGUCCAGUAACGGAAUAAUUACUUCAAAGUCUUCCAAGUAUGCCUGUUAAAACAAUGUGAUAAAUGAAUUAUAGUUUUGAAUUUAUUUUAUAUUACCUUUUUUUUUAUUUAUCAAUGCUUCAAAGCUUUAAUUAAAUGAAAAUAUUGAAUUGUCGAUGACAUAAAUAAAAUUAUUUGCUUGAAAAUAUU